AUGUGCAGUGACCAAAAGAAGACCGCCACCCUGCUUAUCCUCACCAAGAGCGACAGGCUAAACGCAAGCUUGACACUUACUGUGCGGUAUCCCUCAAAUGACGAGUAUGUCAGAGUUUCAAAGGCGCUGGUGACUAAAUAUCCUUUUUUAAAGGAUCUUGAGGGGAAUGGCUAUCACACAUGGCACAUGUCCUUAAAGCGCAAGUUCAAGACGGAGCGUGCACCCCUUGUCCAAUCAGAACAAGUAAUGAAUUUCAAAGCCAAAUUCGGUCAUCGCAAGGCGAGGUCAACCGAAGAAGCACCCCAGUCAAGUUGUACAAAAAGGAACAAACCGGACUAUGAGUGUGAACUUCCUGUUGGUGAAGACUCUGUUUCCAUUGAUGCCCAUGUUAAAGAAUUGCACAUGCAGUAUGAACGGGCCCAACCUGAUCGAGCCAUUGUGGAGGACAAAAUGAGGCGAACAUUUCAGUGGAGGAGACGCGAGCUUCAGCAAGCAAUGUCUGCUGUAGAGGCCAUCAAUAAAUAUCCAUUCCUGAAAACACCAUCUGGGCUCUUCCAGGAAAUGGACCUGAUCUGCAAAAUGCCCGAUGUAAACCAACAGUUUAGAGAAUCGUUCCGAAGUCUAGUGCCUGCACUGCUCCAAGCAAUCCAUGGAAAGUCCUCGCUGGAAAAGCUGUACUUGGAAGCAAGAGCUGAAUUGUCUUCAGAGGAAGUAAAUGACGUAGACUUCCGAGCUGCCCUGGUCCUGUUACCAAUACUCUUCAAAGAGAAACUGGACAAUUACAUUUCGCUGACUGAUGGAGAACCAGCGACGCCCUACCCCACCGUCCAAGUGGCUGGGUCAUACACCUGGACUCAGGUUUUCACAGAGAAACGCGUUCCAGUGACCAUAAAGGUGGAUGGCUCCACUUUCUGCAGUGCCGUUGGUGUGGAGGAUGGAGUUCUGUCAGCUUUCUGCAUGUAUUUUGUUUUCUCUCUUCAGUACCCUAGCCACAACAGAAACACACUCAUAUUUCUGCAACGACACAUCUUGAAAGUAACCGACCCUGCUGAUAAGGCCUUGCCAACAGCUGUUCUGAGGGCCAUUAAUUUACUGGCUUGA